AUGAUGAGCCUUGAAAGACAGAUUAAUAUUGAUCAUCAAAGAGAGGUUAUGGAAGGAAUGGGCUUGAUCCAAAAUCAGCUGGUUGAAAUUCAAGGCAGCAUGAGAAGAACAAAUGUUGAAAGACUAGAGUAUGCUGAUUCCAUUGCAAGGAAAUUUCAAGCUGAAGAGAAUGCUAAAGCUGCUGAGAAAGAGAUGAAUCUUAUCACUCAGGGCGAUAGAAGAGGUGACGGUGCGACAACUGGCACCAGAUCUAAGCGAAGGCCAACCAAUGAUGAAAACCCAAGGCCAACUAAAAGAGGCGGAGGUCGCAGCGGUGGCGAUCGUGGAGGCCGAAGUAGUGGAGGUGAUCGCGGAGGUCGAAGUACUAACAGCGAUCGUGGUGGGCGUAAUGGUGGAAGUGGUCGUGGUGGACGUGGUCUUCCUUCGUUCCAAAAUCUAUUAACUGGUGAAGGGAUGAGCGGUGAAAGUUUCACCUAUCUAAUUGAUCCUCGAGUGAAAAGGGAAGCCCAAUAA